AUGAUAAAAUCUUUCGUUAUUACCUCAGUCAAUAAGAAACAAAAUAAAAAGAAAAGAGCAGAGCCUGUUCAAAUGAACAAGAUUUCAAAGGAGGAAAUUCUAUUGCACAUAGAUAAAGUUCAGAACAACAUCAAACUCUCUCAAACUUCACUCAGAACUAAGGAGGAGACUCUGCCCAUAAUUGAGAGAAAUCUAUUAACCAAAUAGAGAAGAAUUUUGGAGUCUUGUGAAGGGCAGUAGCACAGAUGGAACCAUUUAGAGUAGGAAUUAGGGUAUCGUUGUGAUCGUUCUCAUAACAAUACUCUUCUCAGGAGGAGUUAAGGCUAUCGAGAAAAGAAGCAAUUAUUGGAUUCAUUAAAUGUUAUAUAGAAGGAACCAAAUGACAAGGAAUGGUAUGCAAAAUUGAGAAAUUAUCAAUAACCAAUUGAACCAAAUGUUGAGAUAAUCAAGAGUGGGAAUCAUGCCAAAUUGUACAGUGACAAAUUUAAGAAUAUGAUCAACCAGAGGUUAAAUAAUAAGUAUUACGACUCCGAUUUUCUUGUGGUCAACGGAAAUAGCAAAUUGAAAGUGGAAUCCAAAGAGGCCACUGAUCUAAUGAUACUCCCUUAAGAUAUUACGUAAUAGCAACAACCGUAAGAACAGAAUCAGGAUUUAAAUUAUUCCAAUUACAAUCAGAGAGAUGUCAGUCGUCGAUCUUCCUAUAGAAUAUUUUAAUUAUAAUGA